UGAAAAUAAAUGAAGUCAAAAAAUGAUGAAUACAUACAAAAUAGUUUUACAUUUCAGCAUUCUGUAUAUUUUCGCAUAUUUUCGUGUUACACGUGUCUUACUUUUCAAAUAACAAGCGUUAUAUGGGAAAGAAAGCGGACUUUCAGCUCGCGCUGUAAUGGCGUCGAGUUCGUGUGAGGAGUUUAUUUGCCUCAGGAUCGUUCGUCAAACCGGUGAUUGUUUCCUCGCGAAGAUCCCGGAAAUGGACGAGAAGGAUAACUUGAAUCUUGUGAACCUGCAAGAGAUGACUGAGAGACCAUCUUCCACCUUCAACUCUGUGAAGUCAGAGGAAAAAAAUAAUUUUGUCAUCCCUGUUUCCCGUCCAUCACAUUGCAGAUUCAUCUUUGAUCCAUCCAGAAUCAAUUUCAGUCUGGAGCUUCUUGUAUGUGACAGGGCCUCGUCUCCAACGGCGUCCGCUAUCCAUCCAAUUGUUGAGGAACAUCAUCAGGAGACCUGUUGCAGGGACACUCAAGAACACUCUCAACAAACUGAGCAUCACAUGCUUGAAACCGCUCCGCAGACCAAAUCCAUGGAAAUGGAUAAAAAGGAAUCAAAGAUUCUCCACUUCCGACCAAAACAAAGCAUUUUCAGAAGAGCCAACAGGUUUCUUCUCAUCCUGUUCAUUAUUCUGGGUGUAUUUUACAUCAUCAGGAUUGGCAUCUUAUCCGGUUGCUUGGAUGUGGAGGGCAUUGCAAGGUCAUGGAACCUUUCCAGGCGCUUUGCUGGAAAGUGUAAUCCGCCUAAAUGAACGACUGUUGACGCACAAUAAAGCAUUCUAAAACGUU